CUCGCUUCUCAAACAUUGAUUAGGCACUAAACAAAGGUCAAGUUUGAUGAAGUCGGGGCGGCGGUGAAGGAGUUAAACCCGAGUGCUGGAGUAACAAAGGAGCUGGUGAAACUUCCUGUGCUGCUGCUGUGGGAUAAUUCAAUGACUGGAUGAUUUUGAAGACUUGCCUGUUACCAAGAGGUGCCUCUGCUUCCAAUGGAGGAGUUGAACAGCAAUCUAAUACCUGGGCCCCAGGUGGAGAUGUUAGUCGACGUGCCCCAACGAAUAUUGAGGGGGCUUCCUCAUGAGGUGACUUUGCAACAGUCCGCAGUUGACGAGAGUCGCAUUGGUGUGUGGGCCACCAGGUCUAUCCAGAAGGGCAGGAGAUAUGGUCCAUUCUCCGGAGAAAAGAAGAAGAAGGCCCGGGUGAAUAGCAGCGUGUACAUGUGGGAGGUAAGGGCGUUCUGGCGAUCAGCUGGGCAGCAACAUAUUUAACAUGCAUCACUGGCUUUGUGGUGUAACUGGUCCAGAACGCAGCCGCCCGACUCAUCACCCACACCAAAUCCAGGCAUCACAUCACUCCAGUCCUCAAACAACUUGUUUUUAAGAGGGAACUGCAGAUGCUGGAGAAUCGAAGGUUACACAAAAAAACUGGAGAAACUCAGCGGGUGCAGCAGCAUC